AACGGGCGGAGUCUCGAGGCGCGGGGGUCUUCGCUGCCAGCGGCUCCGUUAUUUCAGCGUCAAACAACAACAACGACAACAACAAAAAACAAUAACACAAUCAAGAACAACAACGAUAGCAACGCACCCUGCUGCUGGCCGGGCCGGCGUGAACAUGAGCUGGGGUGUGGAUCUCUGGGAUCAGUUUGACAACGUUGAGAAGCACACGCAGUGGGGCAUUGACUUUUUGGAGAAGUACUGCAAGUUCGUGAAGGAGAGGACCGAAAUCGAGACCAACUAUGCCAAGCAGCUGCGGAAUCUCACGAAAAAAUAUCAGUCGAAGAAAAAUUCUAAGGAGGAGGAUGAGAACAGGUUCUCGGUGUGCCGCGCCUUCGUGGCGGUGCUCACGGAGCUGAACGACUAUGCGGGGCAGCACGAGGUGAUCGCCGAGAACAUGAACGGCGCCAUCCUGCGCGAGGUGCUGGCAUACGUGCAGGAGCUCAAGCAGGAGCGCAAGACGCAACUGAACGACGGCAGGAAAGCACAGCAGCAUCUCGAGGGAUGCUGGAAGCAACUCGAGUCGACCAAGAAGAAGUUCGAGAGGGAGUGCAAGGAGGCCGAGAGGGCGCUGCAGCACUUCGAAAAGAUGGACAACGACAUCAACGUGACGAAGGCCGACGUGGAGAAGGCGCGGACGCAGUCGAACCAGCGGAUGCAGAUGGCCGAGGACUGCAAGAGCGAGUAUGCGGCACAGCUGCAGAAGUUUAACGAGGAGCAGAACCAGCACUACUUCACCGUCAUGCCCAAGGUCUUCCAGGACCUGCAAGCCAUGGACGAGAGGAGGAUAUCCAACAUCGCCGAGUCGAUCACGCGGUUCGCUGACAUCGACCGGCAAGUCAUGCCGAUCCUGGGCAAGUGCCUCGAUGAGAUGACGUCUGCGGCCGAGAGCAUCAGCGCCGAAAAGGACUCCGGCCUGGUGGUGGAGGCGUACAAGUCGGGCUUCGAGAGGCCGAGCGACGUCGACUUUGAGGACUACAGCCAGUUCAUCAGCCGCACGCCGUCCGACAGCAGCAUCUCGUCCUCCAGCAAGCCCGACGUGUCACGCUCCGACAACAAGCCCGUGGUGCCUGGGAUCACCAAGAGCAAGCCCAAGCUGUGGCCGUUUGGCAAGAAGCACAAGUCCCCCCCCCACCUCCCCCCGCUGGACGUCGCCAGCGCCCAAGGUGGGGUCAGCACCCCUGGCCCAAGCAGCCCCAACGCAACCGGUCCCCAGUCCCCCUCGUCCCUAUCCCCCUCCCAUCAUCGAUCACACGAGCAGGGCGGCUCAAAGUCCCGGAUGAUGCCCUCCUUCAAGAGCCUCAAACGUGGGCCAGGCGGACGGCCCCGUAGCGACGGCGUGGGCGCGCCGGCGGCGCCCGCUAAGCGCCGCCACCCAGAGGCGCUGGUUGCCGCCCUAGGCAGGCCGACGCACGCACGAGAAGCGCGCCGGUACCUCCUUUCAAUGAAGCUGUCUUCUCCAGGAUGUGUCCCAAAGGGCGUCCCAGCCGAGGACUUCAGUCACCUGCCACCCGAGCAGCGGAGGAAGAAGCUGCAGCAGAAGAUCGACGACCUGAACGGCGAAAUCAAGAAGGAGGUCGACCAGAGAGAGGCGCUGCUCAAGAUGAAGGACGUCUACCUCAAGAACCCGCAGAUGGGAGACUCCACCAGCCUGGAGCCCAAGCUGUCCGAGACGGCGCACAAGAUCGACAAGCUCCAACAGGAAGCUCAGAAGUUUGAGAACUGGCUGGCGGAUGCCGAGGGACGCAUGCCUGCGCGCGUCGACGGCCCCAAGCGGAACAGCGCGGCGUACGAUCGCAGCAGCAUCGUGGUGAACAACGUCGUCAACAAUGGCUCGCAGGACAGAGAGAGCAGUCCGGACGGCAGCUACACGGAGGAGGCCCCCCCGGAGGGCACGCCGGCGCCCCCCGCGCCGCGUCAGCCCGACCCGGCGGCGCCGGUGGCCCACGGCGGCGGCGGCACCACCGCCACGACGGCGGCGCAGGUCGACUCCGGCGGGGACUUUGACGACGACGACUUUGAGGACGAGGAGCCGCUGCCCGUGCUCGGACGAUGCAAGGCGCUGUACCCCUUCGACGGCAACAGCGAGGGCACCAUCGCCAUCCAGGAGGAGGAGCUCUUCCAACUGGUGGAGGAGGACAAGGGCGACGGGUGGACGAGGGUCCGGAGGGCCAACGGAGAGGAGGGCUACGUGCCCACGUCCUACCUGGAGGUCACGCUCGAUCCCGUCGCAGCAGCAGCAGCAGCCGCCGCCAAAACAGAAGCGGGGAACGUCAGCCACAGUUACCGCCACUUGGAUGGAUGGAACCCAUUGAGAAUCACAGCUCCCACGGGGCAUGUUGGGACGUCGUCACGAUCAGAGGCUAGGAUGUCGUAGGCGUCAGGUAAGGUUUUAGAGGAAAACUUGCAACCAGGGCACGGGCGGGACACACGUACUCGUGUGACAGGCGGGUAUCUCGAAGGCGUUCACGAUCAAUAAUAGAUUUCAUCGACAAUGCGCUACGAUCCAGCGUCGUGUCCGACUGUGGGUUUAGCAUCUUUGCUCACCGUCACCGACGCUAUUUAGUAGUAACAAACAAACACGCAAAAAAAAACAAGCUAUCGGCGGUUUUCUUAUUUUCACGUUCGUCAGUUUUAUUCGUUUAAAGUAUAUAUUUUAAACUUAACGGCUUGCACAGUUAACGGGAGUUUUGUUGUCGUAGCGCUCGCAAUCGCCACGCGGAUGUGCAACCGACGCGGCCCUCUCGCGUGUCGGCGCGCGCGGUAACUUAUUGUCACUUUGUCAGUGCAGGCACCUCGUUCGCUUCACCUCGCGGAGGGAGGGGGGUCUCGUUUGCGGAGCUGCGUUUUUGUUGUUGUUGAAAAGUCGCCUUAUCGUGCGCGUAACGUUAGGCCCUGCUGACGACGAUGUAUGUUGCGACGACUUUCCCUCGAGCGCGCGAGGAGUUUCACCAAACUCCAGUCCUCCCGCUGACUCCCACCCGCCUGCUCUCCUUCGAACGGACAACGUUGGGGCCAACGUUGUUGGCACGCGGCUGCAACAAUUGCACGAAUGUUGGCCCAACAGUUCCACGUUUGCUGGGAACAAACUCUCCCCUGUUUACCAAACGCGCCUCCAUUCAAAUGGAAGCGCGGCUUUUCUGUAGGUGGUGCGUAGACGUGGAAUCCCCCCGUGUCGCCUUCACAGGCUGUUGGGCCAAGCGCUGUUGGCGAGUAGCACCUAUGAAGGCCUGCACGGCACACGGGGGGGGGGGGAGGGUGUGUCCAGCCCCCCCCCCCACAACGCACCAGAUGCACAUUUGAGGCCAAUACGAACUAGCGGAAGGCCAGAACCUGUUCAAAUUCGGCUCACCCGGGUCCACAGCGCAGUGCGCUAACCUGCUACACUACCGCUCCCCGGACAAGUUUUAUGAAAAUCAGCGUCAUAUCGGUCAAAAGACAUUGGCAAUGUUGCCAGUGGUGGGCUCUGAUUGCGACAUUAAUUAGCAUGCGGGUAAUGUUCUAAUUUGGAGACGUUGGACCCCCAACUGCAGUUUUGGAGAGAGAAACCCCCUCCCCCCCCGACUCUGCUCCGUAGUGUUUAGUACCUUUGCACACACACAGUACACACUUUUACACUGCACAGUCCCUGUGUGUGUGUGCGCUCGCACGCAAGCGGUAGUCCUGACUGUGAUAGUCCCGUUUACGAUGGACCAUCGACCCCGCCGCUUGCGGUUCAUCACGGAUGGGGCGUCAUCAAGGGCACAAGCGGUUUGCCUUGGGUGGAUGGGGCGAUUGGGCCGAGAGACGACAGGGCAGGAGUGGCUGGGUCGACUGGAGGGGCUGGGUGGAUAGGACAGGAGGGGCUGGGUCGACAGUGAUAGGAGGGACUGGG